CCCACAGCGCCAGCUCCUCGCCGGCGCGCCGGCUCAGCAUGGGCCUCGAGGGCGUACUCCUCGACGGCCAGGACAACCACGCCGCCGAGUUCACCUGUGCCAUUUGCUGCUCUCUGGUUGACGCGCCGCUGCUCACGCGCUGUCAACACAUCUUCUGUCUCGCGUGCCUGCAGGACUGGCUGGCCACAAAGCCGUCGUGCCCGACGUGCUCCCUCGAGCUCGACCCGCGCCAUGGGGCCGGAGAGCUCCGCCUCGCGUCCCCACUCGCGUGGCGGGUCCUCGGGCGGCUCCGUGUGAAGUGCCCGCUGCAGGGGUGCACGUGGCAUGGGGAGUACACUGGACUCAGUGACCACAUGACGUCGUCGGAUACGCACCAGGCCGGAGCUGCGGGCUCGGCCACAGAGGAUGGCGGCGCCUCGCCGCGGCAGCAGAGCGCGGCGCGGCUGCAGCAGGCGGAGCAGCUCAAGGCGGCCGGCAACUCCAAGUUUGAGCAGCGCAUCUACCGCGACGCCUUCGCCCUCUACUCCAAGGCGAUCAACCUUGCUCCCGAGGUGCCCACCUACCGGCUCAACCGCGCGGCCACUUCCUUCAUGACGGCCGACUACGACUCGUGCAUCGACGACUGCGCCGACGCCCUCCGGCUCGACCCCGCCCUCGUCAAGGCGCACAAGCGGCUCGCAAAGGCGCUGAUCGAGCGGGGCGAGCUCGAGAAGGCCGCCGCCGCCCUCGACGCCGGCGUCGCGGCCUGCGGCGGCGAGGUGCUGGCGGAGGAGGUGCGGACGGCGACGCAGCUCUGCGAGUGGCAGCGGGAGGGCGAGCUCGCGCUCGAGCAAGGCAACGCGACCCUCGCGCGCACCUUCUUCGCAAACGUGCUGCAAAAGACGUCGGCGGUGCGCUGCCGCCUCUCGCUGGUGCGCGCGGAGCUGGCGCUCGGCCUGUGCGACCGCGCGCUGCGCACGACGCGCGAGGUGAUCAAGCAGGACGCCAACGCGUCGGAGGCGUACGUGCUUCGCGCGCUCGCGCUCUUCUACUCGGCGGACCUGGACCAGGCGCACAAGCACCUCAAGGCGGCGCUGCGGCUCGACCCGGACGACGCGGAGGCCGGCCGGACGAUGAAGAAGGUGAGGAAGCUCGAGCGGCACGUGGACGCCGCCAAGCAGGCGGCCUUCUCGCGCAACUUCGAGGACGCCGCGCGCGAGUACACUCAGGCGCUCGAGACUGCGUCGGCGCCGCAGCACGCGCCCCUCUCCGCCUCUCUGUACGCGGACCGCGCAGCGACGUGGCUGCGGCUCAAGGACUUUGACGCGACGCUCAAGGAUUGCGCCGUCGCCAUCUACGCACAGGACGACUGCACGCGCGCCUUUGUGACGCGCGCCUCGGCGCUGCACCACUUGGGCCGUCACAAUGAGGCGCUGCAGAUGCUCGAGGGGCUGAUGCAGACUUUCGGGCAGGACACGCAGGUGUCGGCCGCGUACAAGCGGGCCCAGUUUGAGGUGCGCAAGGAGCGGCGGCCUGACUACUACGCGCUGCUCGCCGUGCCGUCCGUCGCAUCCACGCUCGAGAUCAAGGCCGGGUACAAGCAGCGCGCGCUCGAGUUCCACCCCGACAAGAAUUGCGAGACGGAGGAGGCGCGCGCCGCGGCGGAGGCGCAGUUCAAGCUGCUGGGCGAGGCGCUCGAGGUGCUCUCGGACGAUGUCAAGCGCAAGCUCUACAACGAGGGCUACGACAAGGCCGCCAUCGAGGAGCGCGUGCAGGCUGCCAAUCGCGCCGCGAGCAACCACGACAAGGACGGCUGCUGCAGAGGCGGCGGCUGCUCCUGAGCCUCGAUGUACCGCAAUCGCAGCGCAAACUUUCGGGGCCGCAAGCCAAGCGCAGCGGGGGGUGCCCGUUUGCGAGAGCGAGCCAGGAGCGAGCCACACACGUGUCGGCUGUGAGCUUUCGCGAUCGAGAGAGAAUGCGAGUGGAUUCUAGUCUGAUUCUAGUUUUUAGGCCCCAGGCGUGUGCAUAACGAGAGAGGGCGAUCGAGAUGUGCGAUAGGUCUCGUCAUUCUGUCACACAUUGUGUGUAUGUGUUAGAGUGCGCGCAGAAAUUCCGCAAAAAAACC